UUAAAGUCAAACCUUGGAAAAUGAUGCUCAUUCCCACUUAUACCCCCAUAUACACAAGCUAUUUUAGAGAGAGAGAGUGAGGAUAUGGAUAUAAUUUCAGUAGUAAGAAAACAAAAAUGCACGCACAGCUAGGGUUUGUGUAGGGAAGCUAUAACGCUCUCCUUCGUUGAUGGGAGAGAAGAGUCCUCGGGGUGAUAUUUAUUUAUAUUAAUAAUAGUAAUAGUCUCGGUUGUUGUUCAAGUAAAGUUGACAAGUAUGGUACAAACUAGAAUCAGAAUACAACCCACGUAAUCCUUCCUCUAUACCAAUCGGCGGUUCUUGAGGUCCUUUACUCAUAAAAGCGGUGAUAAAAAGAAGUAAAGAAAGUAAUGGAGAUUAAGAGAGAAGAUGAAAAGGUGAGAGUGUUUGAUAGCAGUGAAGAGCUGUCUUCUGAUCUUGCUGAUUAUGUGUUUCAAGUGGGUGAAUCUGCAGUGAAAGAGAGAGGUUCUUUUUCUCUUGUUCUUUCUGGUGGAGAUAUACCACACCGUCUGGGGAAGCUUACGAGGGCACCAAUGGUGAGAAUGGCCGAGUGGUGGAAAUGGCAUGUGUUUUGGGCGGAGGAGAAGGUGGUGGGGAGGAGAGAACCAGAGAGCAUAUACAGGCAAGUCAAAGAAGGUUUCAUAUCUAAGGUUCCUAUUCUUCCCGCCCAUGUUAUCCCGGUGGGCAUAGGCCAUGGUAUUUCUGGAGAGUCAGCUGCCAAUAACUACGAGUUUUCCAUCAGACAGCAGGUUAGAAAUCGGACGGUUCCCGUUUCUCCUUCAAGUGAUUGCCCCAGAUUCGAUCUUGUCCUUUUAACUCUGGGGAACCACGGCCACGUGGCAUCUCUCUACCCUAACAACCCCGUCUUAGAAGAAGACUCGCAGUGGGUAGCGUGCGUCUGCAACGACUCCUCAAGAGAGAGCGUGACUCUCACGCUUCCUGUCAUCAACGCUGCUGCCAACGUGGCAAUUGUGGCUUCAGGGGUUGACGUGGCCCGUCCAUUCUUGGACGUUAUGUCGGGUAGAAGGCCCAUUGGGUCACACCCGGCCCAAAUGAUAAAGCCUAAAGAUGGGAAGCUUGUUUGGUUUGUUGAUGCUACUGCUGCUUCAUUAUUCCUACGUGGCAGAGGAUCUGUUGCCACGUCAUCUACUCACAUAGAAAAAUGUUAA